AUGGACAAUACCAGAAUGGGCUCCUUUUUGGACUAUGCGAUUUGUAAUCGUGGCACCAGUGCCUACUCACCCAGAGGAUACCACCAUUUAGACCAAGGGGCACCAUCCUUUCCAGCAUGCCCCAGCACCAGUGACAUUUAUAACGGUGACGGGCGGUUUGUAGUCGGGGGAGCUGGUGCCUUCUCCAGCCAGAUCCAGCAGCAGCAACAGCAGAACCACGGCUAUCAUCAUCACCACCCUUCAGGAGCCAGCGUGGCAUAUGCCAGCUCCAUCCCCAGCUACACUUCACAGACUUGCAGCCAGGGUUAUGGGCACCAAGUCUAUGUCAGCCAAGAAGCAGAAGGAGCUUAUUAUCAGCAGCAGCAGCCUUAUUCCCCCAACACUGGCUCUUUGUCAGAUGGAUACUGUGGAGCAGUGCCAGGUCCUGUGCCUUACCAUCUACAACCAUCAUUCGGCCAAGAGCACCAAGCCUUGUUAGAGAGCUACCCUAACCAUUCCCCUCUGCUACACGAGGAGAAAGAUGUCUCCUGCCAACCUGAGCUGCUCUCAGCAAAUCCCACUUUUGAGUGGAUGAAAGUGAAGAGGAAUCCACCAAAGACCACCAAACCUGCCGAUUAUGGGUUAAAUUCUCAACAGAACAGCAUGAGAACCAACUUCACCACCAAGCAGCUGACCGAACUGGAGAAGGAGUUCCACUUUAACAAGUACCUGACCCGGGCCAGACGAGUGGAGAUCGCUGCCUCCUUGGAACUGAACGAAACUCAGGUGAAAAUCUGGUUUCAGAACCGGAGGAUGAAACAGAAGAAAAGGGAGAAGGAAGGAGUCACCUCCUGCAUCAUUAAGGAGUCAUUAAAAGAGAGCAGUGAGACCUCAGACCUCUCCACCUCACCAGACACCUCACCCAGCCCCCCCUAA